GGUUCAGCCAUGGCUUUGACACUGAGGCCCCCGGCCAGGUGGAGCAUCUUGUGGACGGUAUUUCUGGCGCUUUGGGCUUCUUUAAUCUCCGCUUUUAACCCGAGUCAGGACAGCGAGCUGACUUUCCUCCUGCCUGCUGGAUCCUCCGAGUGUUUCUUCCAGAGCACGGAGAAGAACGGAACCCUGGAGGUCGAGUACCAGGUGAUUGCCGGAGCAGGUAUGGACGUGGACUUCUCCAUCGUCUCUCCUCAUGGCAUCCUCAUGGCCUCCGAGUUUCGCCGCUCUGACGGAGUUCACAUGGUAGAGCCCACUGAAGCAGGAGAUUACCAGAUCUGCUUCGACAACAGCUUCAGCAGGUUCUCUGAAAAGAUGGUGUUCUUCGAGGUCAUUCUGGAGAACGCAGCCAAUGAUGCAACAGCUGAGGAUGAGUGGGCGAAGCUUGGGGACCCUGAGAACCUGCUGGAGUACAAGCUAGAGGACAUCCGGGAGUCGAUUGAGUCGGUGCACCGUCACCUGGAGCGAAGUCGGCAGAUGCAGACGGUGCUGAGGGCAUUCGAGGCUCGAGAUCGCAACCUGCUGGAGGACAACCUGUGGCGAGUCUCUUUCUGGUCCUGUACCUCUCUGGUGGUUAUGCUCACUGUGGCCUUCACUCAGGUUUACACAGUACGCCGCCUCUUUGAUGACAAGAGGAGGGUCAGAUCCUGAGGACAUGCCCUUCCGAGCAAUAAGUACGUUUGGUGGAACUGUGUGACGGGCGGCUCGGCACUGGAAAUGACUCAUAGAGGUAUAAAUUUAGAGUUAAAGUGCCUUACUCAAGCAUGUGGUGGCAGCUGCAGGAUCAAAAAUAGCAUCUUUAUUCAUCAUCUCGGAUUGCUGAGAAGAACCUGACCAGCACCCUGUUUACUUGCUUUAUUGUGAAUAACAUGAUGGCUGUGAUUACGUCACAGGAGAUCAUCAUGGUUGUGAUGUUAUUCAUGAUAACACACCACCUCGUAUGUUCAAUCACCUUUUAUACAAGUUUUUCAAAGUAAAAAAUGCUUUUAAUAUCAACAAUUUUUGAUGAAAAAAACCCCAAUAAAUUGUAGUAAUAAUGAAAUGGAAACAAAUGUGACUAGUGUAUAAGCUAAGAGCUAGUAACGAUUGUUAGAUAAGUUCAGUUAACUGUUCUUUUGUUGAACUGCAGACUAAAUGUGAAGCCACAAAUGAAGCCAUGGGGUCAAAUUCCAACCUGCUAGUUUUACAAGUUAAAUGUAAUUUUUUUUUAUCCCAUCAUUUUUAUUAUUUUUGUCUUUUAUGGGUAAUGUUAGCCAUGAGUUAGCCAGCAGUAGAGCAAGCACAGCAGUUAGCAUGGCUGCUACAAUCCAGGGAGGUAGAGGAAUGGUACAGGUAUGAACUAGCAGGUUGCAUAAAACUCUUUUUUACAGCUUAGCAAAACAUGUGGCUAAAACGUGGAAUGUUGUAUAAAGUGUGGUAUUUUGGGAAAAUGUGAUUCAGCCAUGUCUGAAAAGAUUUUUUUUUUUUUACUUAAAAAUUUCCAUAAUGGUUUAAAUUUAGUAAACAUGAAUAAUCGAUUAAUUCAACAUAAGGAUGUACAUUAUUAUACUAUCUGAGCGACGCUGGAGACUUUUAAGGUCCCAUUGCCACCUGGCAUUAACACAUGGAUCUAACCUUGGCCUCAUGUUUACUCCCUGUGUAUAUUUAGCCUAUAGAGUGAACCGGGUAUUUGGGACAUGUCCAUAAAUCUAGUGAUAAAGGUCACUCAUGUUAACGGUACAUCUGUGGUGGAGUUUAUUGUGGCCAGUAUAUCAAAAGGAGUGCUUGGUCUGGGACACCUCCAUAAGCAUCACUCAAACAUCUCACCAUAAUAAUGUGUCCCAAAUCAUGCACCUUAUUUACAACACGGGUACCAGUGAAUAAAUGAACGAACUCUGCAGUGAGCCAA